UUAUUCCAAUCGUAGCUGUCCAUUGAAAUUCUGUCAAAAUUUGUUUGCAUUCGAUAAUGACAUGUUGAAAUUUAUUUUCCCACGUCUUGUCAAAGGGAAAUGUGUGCAUUUUUUGAAGAAACAGUUUCACGGGAAGCAGCAAGUCUAUUACCGAAGCACAAGCUCGACAGACUCGACGGACGAGUCAAUGGUUGUGGAUCUGCCCCAGCUGGGAAAAGUGCGGGGCAAGCGGCAAUUUGGCAUUUAUGGCGAUGAGUUUUUCAGUUUCGAGGGUUUACCUUUUGCCAAACCACCGAUUGAUGAGCUGCGCUUUAAGGCUCCGCAAGUCUGCGAUGGUUGGGGAUGGGAUCAGGAAUUGGAUGCCCGCAAGGAACGUGAUAUCCCAGUGCAAGUAGAUCAAAGAACAUCUUGUGUCAUAGGCAGUGAAGACUGUUUAUAUCUUAAUGUGUAUACCAAGCAUUUUGAUAGAACGAAACCUUCUUUACCGGUGAUGGUUUUCAUUUAUGGUGGAGCAUUUCGUUCAGGAGGUGCCUCAAGGUUUAACUAUGGACCCGACUAUCUGAUGAGUAAGGAUAUUGUCUAUGUCGUGUUUAAUUAUCGCGUGUGUUCGCUGGGUUUCCUUAGUUUACCCAAUAACGACUUGAAUAUCGCCGGCGAUGCUGGACUACAGGAUCAAGUUUUGGCUUUACGUUGGAUUAAGCAGCACAUUGAACAUUUCAAUGGCGAUGCGAAUAAUAUAACAUUGUUUGGUCAGAGUGCUGGAGCUGCCUCUGUGCAUUUUAUGAUGUGUAUGCCAGAGGCGAAAGAUCUUUUUCACAAGGCUAUCAUGAUGUCAGGCAGUAUGUUGUGCCCUUGGACACAAUCGCCAGGAAAGGAUGUUUUGUUCUGUCAAUUAGCUGUGCAAGCUGGAUAUGAGGGACCCAUGACCCAAGAGGAUAUAUUGAAAUUUUUACAUUGCGUAUCUGCUGAGAAACUGGUCCAACAUGAUUUUUUCAAUUUUAGUCACAAAUGCUUCGGCUUCAUACAUCCAUUUGUGCCGAGUAUGGAGGAACGUCCGCUGCUUGAAUUAAUGCGAGAGGCAUGGUCAGUUCAAGUGCCUUUGCUUUUGGGUGGCACUUCCUUUGAGGGACUCGUGUCGUAUCCAUUGUGCAAGUCGAGUAACGGUUAUAUAAUGGAUCUUCUAAAACAAGAGCCUACAUUGGUCUUGCCCUAUGAGCUGUAUAAAACUUUAUCUCCCGAGGAGCGUGAAUGUCGAGCUGCUACUAUUGUUGAGACCCAUUACGGUCCUAGAAGCAUUGACAAAAACAAUGUGUCCCAAGUCUUGGAUCUCUUCAGCUAUAAACUUUUCUGGCAUGGGCUUCAUCGUGUGGUCCGUUCUCGUUUGGUGCAUGCCCAAGCUCCUACUUAUCUAUACCGUUUCGAUUUCGAUUCACCCACACAUAACUUUAUGCGUAUUAAACUCUGUGGCGAUGAUAUCAAACGCGGCGUUUGUCAUGCUGAUGAUUUGGGCUAUAUUUUCCACAAACAAAAUGUUAAGAAACUAUCCAGAAAUUCCCCCGAAUAUUGUACAAUACAAAGGAUGGUUAGCAUUCUGACUACAUUUGCCAGCACUGGCGAUCCAAACUGCGAGGAAACGGGCUCUGAGGCAUGGACACCAUUAACACCAAAAUUACCCUAUAGGGUUCUCAAUAUUGGACAAGAUUUGGAGCUAAAAACUCAAUGCGAACGCCAAGGAUUGGAAGUAUGGAAUCAACUUUAUGACAGCGAUAAAGCUCUUUAUGGAGGAUGAUAACAUUUUGAAAAAACAGCAAAAAUUCGAAAAAUUAACUAAUGGAAUGUAUCAAUAAAAUUUGAAUUGUUCCAAUAUA